AUGGCGGCCAGAGUAUGGACAAUCGACGGGCUCACUGUUGAAUGCGAGGUGCGCAGUGCUGUACGGAGGUUACCAUGGACGUUCGACGGAUCCAUGUAUGGAAUUUGCCCUCAACGCUACUUCGCCAGGUCUGAUGUUUCCGUUACAAUCUACGCCAGGAGGAGAAUGCGGCUGCUUACUUACACAACUUUGUUCUGGUUUAUCCUGAAGUCAGGGCUGGCACUGCAGAUUCAGUGCUAUCAGUGCGAAGAAGCCAUUCACAAUGAAUGUUCCACACCAGAGUUCAUCGUCAACUGCACUGUCAACGUGCAGGACAUGUGUCAGAAGGAGGUACUAGUGAAGGAAGACGGGGUGCACUACCGCAAGUCCUGUGCCUCAUCUGGGGCCUGCCUCAUCGCCUCCUCUGGCUAUCAGCAGUUCUGCACAGGGAAGCUCAACUCGGUUUGCAUCAGCUGCUGCAACACACCCCUCUGUAACGGACCCAGUCAGAAGAAACAGAGUUCCAGAAACAGAGUUCCCUCUGCCGCCUCAUCCCAAAGCCCACUGCACAGGCUCUCUCUACUUUUUCUUCCUUUUAUCCUGCGCGCACCCUCCAUAUUGUGCUGACAGAGCCUUUGAUUGGCUGGUGUUGUUUCAUUAAGACUGUGGUCCAACUUUUGAGGUUUUGGACUGUGUUUCGGUGUAAGGUUCUCCUGCCUAUGUGGCUUACAUAUGUUCAAUGGACACGUGACUCUUCAAAUAAAGUGUUGCUGUCUGAUGAAAACCUCUUAACCUUCUAAAUGAAAACAAUUACCUUGUUUUCCCAUUAACUGACAUACAGUUAUGACAUUUACAAAGAUAUUUGGAAUUUAUUCUCUUGGUCCUACAGAAACAAACAUUUCAGAGGGGCGUGUUAGCAGUCAAUAUAUCAAAACAAAUGAGGCCUUCUUGGUGACAAAACGAUUUGAGCCUUGACUUUCACUAUCUGGAAGGCAUCGUCAACAGGGAUUCAUUAAACUCUCCCAAAUCCAUUGGGAGUUAUUCUUAUGAAACAGGGCUGCAGACAAAAUUGGGAUGGAGAAAUAUAGGUGAAAAGAAAAGGAGUGUUAAAUAUUAAAAAACAAAUAUUGGAGCAUUUUUUUAUUAGAAAAUAUGAAGUUCAAAUUUUCUCAACAGGAAGACUUGUUGGGUGACGACCAAGGAUUGUGGAUAAUUAUAAAGAUUAAUGCCUCUCUGGCAUGCUUAUCACUCCGCAGAAGUUACCGCAAAGCAACACAUUUCCUUGGCUACAUUCUUCUGUUCAGGUUGGAUGUGUGUGGCUAGCAAAAGUCAAUCAUAAUCAAACCAGAUUGGCCUGCUCUCUUUAGAAAAAGUUAGGGAGCUGUGUCACUGUUUGUCUACAAUCUCUAAGAGUCCUUGAGCGAUGCCAACAAACUUCCUUCCAGUAGAACAAUACUGUGCAGUCUGUUAAGUAUUUGGAUAGUGAUUUUGGUUAUUUUGUCAUUCUACUCUGGCACUAUGGAUUUGAAAUGAUACAAUAAUUGAGGUUGAAGUACAGUCUGUCAGCUCUAAUUUGAGGGUAUUUCAAUCCAUAUCAGCUCACCCAUUUACUGUAAAAAUAACAGCAAUAGUGCCCUAUUUAAGGGUACCUAAUGUAUUUGAACAAUAAUGGCUUCAUAGCUGUCUCUUAUUUGGCAUGCGUGUUUGUUUGCAUCAGUUAUGCAUGCACUACAGUUCUCAAUGUGUACUCUUCAUUCUAGUCUUUGCAUUUGCAUUUGGAGUCAUUUGCUGAAUAAAUUGAUCAGAGACAUAUCCAAAGCAUUUGCUGUACCAAAACCAACUGUUUUGUAAAUCAAGAAACAAAGAAAGUGCUGGUUAGCUCUGCAAUGGCAAAAUACCUGUUAGACCACUACAGUGGAUGACCAAAGAAUGCUCAUCACAAUGAAGAAAAUAUCAACAAAACUGUCUGACAGUUCCUUUCCAAGAGGUAGGUGUGGAUGUGUCAGCCACUACCAUUCACAGAAGAGUCCACCAGCCAAAUUACAGAGGCUGGUCUGCAAGGUGCAAAAACAAUAGUUGGCUGGAAGGGCUAAAAACCUCUCCAUUAAUGUAUCUUACAACUCUGCACAAUUGAAAUGAAUCAUGUGCCAUGAAAACAAAGCACUUGUUGGCUAUAGCUGUGCUUGUUUCAUAACAUCAUAUUUAUAUUUCACCAUCAAUAUCAUAUUAAAGUUGAAAGCAUGCACUUUAACCUCUUAGUCCUAAUUUAAAAUCCAGUGGAGUAAAGUACCAAAAAAACUCACUGAAAAUCACUAUCCAAAUACAUAUGGACUGCACUGUAUGUACAGUAAUACAUACAGUACAAACAAAUCUUGCAAACAUUUUCAGUGGCAUCUUAAACUGUCACUCAAGUCUAAUAUGACUUACAGUGCAAUUACAAAAAGUGUUUCAAAUGUAAUGGAAUAAAUCCUAGUAAUUGACACUGUUCAAAUACAAAUGUUAAGUUUGUUUUUAACAUUUCUAGCUAUCCAUUUUUGCAAAACUUUA